CCACCUUGUUUUUAUAUGUUUGAUCGCAUAAGAUUGCAAUUUUUAAAAAAGAAUUUUUUUUCUGAAGGCAUGGAAGCUGUCAUUUAAGCCAUGGCGGCUCGCCACCAUCCUUAACAUGUAGCGGAAACCCUGCUGAGUGACACGUAACUUCUAAUACUAAAUCCAGUGACACACAGCUGAAUCAUCCCAAAUACAACUGGCUUUGCUGUCUAUAAUGUAUAUGAAGGCUUCCAUUCCAUUCCAUUUUUUUUACAUCAUAGCAUUAAUUACCAUUAAACAUGAAAUUGAACAUUAAGCCACGCAGAGCCAAGUCACAAUUUAAUAAAAAAAUCCAGCAAUUUAAUUUUCUUCUGUGUAUUCCUGUUGCAAGGCAACAGGCUUGUGUAUAUUUCACAAUAUUUUCGAUUGAAAUCCAUUUCUGAGCAGACUGCCAACAGAUCACUGAGAAAAUGGUUAAGCAACCGCCAUUUUUCCGUCCUGUGCUGUCAUUUUUACUGAAGGGGUUAAAGUGUGGACUAUUUAACAUUUGAGUGAGGAAGUUGGUCAAGAGAGAAAAAUGCCUUAUCUGUUGCGUGUGGUUUUUCAGCACAGAGGUUAUUGUGGUGCCCGGGGUUUGACGCUGUCUGCGAUGCAAAGUUAAAAAAAUAUUCUUUCUUGCGAGCUAAUCUCAUAAACCUUUUUUUUAGGUGUGUCAGCAACAGAAGUUUGUUGAGGAAGUAUCAGGAGCAUUGUUUUCACUGAGACAAGCAGGUCACCCGUUAAUGCGCAGUAAACAAAGAGUUAAUUCCUCCUACGUGUAUCAUUUCCUCCUCUGCUUUAUGGGUAUUCUGGCUGUGUCCUGGUGUUAAAGGGGCUGGACUUAAGAGCAGAUUCAGGCCGAACAUCUGGGAGAACUUUCUUUCCCUCAGUGACUGUCAAGACGCAGACGAGCUAAGGAGGACACACCAGUGGACUCUGGCUUCUUUGUCAUACGAGGGAUCUGCAGCCUCCAUGAGGUCCAGCAACUUGAAUGCGUUGAAGAAGCGCUGGGAGCAGGCAGGCAACCUCGAGCAAGGCAAGCCCUCUCCUGCUUAUGCUGGUUCUCGAGGCUCUUCAGCCCUGGCCAGACAGGCGUCCAAUGGUGACCAGCCCCCACCAAUGAAGAGUCCAGGACUGCCCACUGUCAAGGAGGUUCCUCCUCAGGCCAACGGUGUCCAGCGGCACUCUGCAGACAGGCUGGACCGAAGAGGGAUGGACAGAGAUGAGCUGACUCACAACACCAGACCUGAAAAGCCUGAGGAGCAAGCUCCGACAAGUCCACGCGGAUCCUAUGAAAAACCCAAAGUUCCUCUGAACAACCUGAAGAUGAGGUUUGAGAAGACAGAGGAAACAGCUGGCAAGGCUGGCAGGACCAUACUGCGCAGCACUUCCUCCGACGACAUGGAGCCACAACAUGGUCUGUCUGACAGGGCUCUGGAGAAGCUGUCGCUGAAGGAGAAGAUGGCAAAGUACCAGGCUGCUGCCUCCAAACAAGCACCUCCCCGAGCUGGCGUGGCUCCAGACGUGGCACCGACCAAAGCAUCAGCUCCUGCCAGCCAGAACCACACACCUGCACCCGACGCUGUCAACGACGGCAAUGAGCGGCCCAAGGCUUCAAGGACCUUCUCUCCGCUGGUGAAGGAGUCGUGCGUGGCCUGCCAGAAGACGGUGUAUCCCCUGGAGAGACUGGUGGCGCACAAGCAGGUCUACCACAAGAGCUGCUUCCGCUGUGUUCACUGCAGCGCCAAGUUGAGCCUGGGGAACUACGCCUCCCUGCACGGCAGCGUCUACUGCAAACCUCACUUCAGUCAGCUGUUCAAAGCCAAAGGAAACUAUGAUGAAGGUUUUGGCCAUCGGCCCCACAAGGAGCUGUGGGAGCCCCGAGCUGACGGAGAGGACGGCGAGGAAGAGGUGAAAACCGGAUCAGAGCGUGUGAAACCGGCAGCGCUGACACGGCCAGCUGAUCUCUGUGCCGAUGCCACCUCUGAGGAAGACUCCAGCCCGGUGAAGGUCACAGAUAUCACCGCCAAACUGGAGACCCGGGUGCAGAGGCACGUGGGUGAGAAGCUGCCAGCUUCAGAGAAACCAGCUGAGACACGGAGACUCAGGGUGGCCUGGCCUCCUCCCUCCAGCGACGAAGGCAGAGCCGCGACAGGAGAGCUGAGUCCGCUGACCGAGGGUGUCCCGGCGGUCCGGGCCUGGAAGGCCAAGUGGCCCCCCGAGGAUGAAGUGCCACAGUCCUCAUUCCAGAGCUCAGAGAGAGCGGAACUGAAAAGCCUGAGGAGGAGCUCCUCCCUGAAGGAGCGCAGUCGACCUUUCACCUUGACAGCCAAGCCCAGCCCUGCUCCCAGCCUGGAGCCCCGUCGCCCUCGCAAGCCCCUGCUGGAGUGGAGAGCAUCCCUGGAGGAGAGGAACUCCUCUGAAGAACCAACAGAGGAGAAGAAACCCGACCAGCAAACGAAACGCAAAGAGCAGAGGAGCGACGCCAUCGUCAAGAACGUCUCUGCGUACAAGAAGGCGGUGGAAGAGGGGUCUCUUCGAAGCCCCUCCCCGGAUAUCUACAGCUCACCAUCUCCUCCUCUGCAGCCGGAGCAGAAGCGCACCUCCCAAGACGUGGGCUUCUGGGAGGAGGACAAGGAGGAGAGCGACACCGAGGGGGUGAGUGCAGAGGACCUCAUCAAGAGGAACCGCUACUACGAGGACGAUUCCGACUCCUAAACCUCCUCGGUCUCCAUACGCUUCCUUUUACUGUCUUAAAGGAGAUGCCACUUUUUAGGUUUAUACGUGCUGUUUGUCGCAAUAGCUGCCUUGAUUCCCCACUCUGUUUUACAUGUGCCGUUCAUCUCUACAGUGGAGGGAGGGGUUCACUUCAGUCUCUGUAUGUACUGGCCUUUAGAUUAUCCUUCAACACUGGACGCGUAUAUGAUGAUUUAAACGCAAUAAAACGCUAAUUUUUGUUUGGGAAUUGGCUCCAGUCACAGUAUUCCCUGGCUGCUACGGCUUCAUGGUGUAGCUCCUUUCCAGGGUGUCCCCUCCCACCGCCAGCACAGCCGGUGAAAGAAAUCGACCUGUAAAAUAAUGGCGUCCACAGAGGAAUGUUAAAAUAUAAAUCACCUUUAUUAGUGUAAACCUUACAUCUCAUGAUACGUUUUACAACCCAGAUCCAGGGUUUCUCUUAAGUACAUGGUUGCACAUAUGCCAUUAAAGAUCCUGAAACACAAAUGUGAAACAAAUCUGGUGGCCUU